AUGCUGGGUUCUCUGCUUCGUCCGAAACACCGUCGCCGCCAUACUGAGCAAUCGCCUCUCUCGUCUCAGUUCGCCACCCGAGACAACUCUCCAUGGGUUCGAGCUGCUGCCACGCGAGGCGCGUCGAGACGCGCCCACAUAAUCGACAGCGAGGAUGAUGUGCCGGAAACCGAGGCGAUGGGUGAACAAUGGGAUGGAGAAGAAGAAGGCGAAGAAGAUGGACCGGUCGAGUCAACACCAUUAUUGCCCAUUUUCUCUGCCUCGUAUUUGGAUGUCCUCCCCGUCUACGACAUUACCCAUGCCAUCCGUCCCCUGAUCGCCGACCGCUGUGAGACAACCUUGACCUGGGACCAGUUGCGCUCGCCGCAGGUGUCGCAGUUUUUGAUCAAGCCCAUCCAACAGAAGAUCAUGUCCGCGCAUUUUUCGCGAGCCACGCUCUAUGCGUUAAUGGCCAACUGCCUACAAUUCGAGAAGGAGAUCCAUAUCAACCCAGGAAACAGUGGGACUAGCCAGACGCGGGCGAUGGUGAGCGAGUUGCUUGCCAUCAAGUUGUUGAAGGAAUACACCACCCGUGAAUUGAUUGAUACCCUAUCCUACGAGUUCAAUCCCCUGCAGGGCCAGGAUUCAUCGGCGGCAUGGAAUCUUGGUCCACAAGGCAAGCGGCUGGUGGGUUCAGCUCGCGUGUCGUGCCUAGAGGUGGCCAUCCGCGCGCAGGCGAAGCGAUUUUUGGCCCACCCGGUCGUGGUACAACAAUUGGAGGCCAUCUGGGCCGGCACUAUUGUUUUCCACUCCGCUGCCGAUAAUCUACACCGUCGGCUGAAUCGACGCCCAACAGCUCGGGGGUUGGACUAUGGAACAUCACCAAGCCCCAACGCUGACUUGAUGACCGAUCCCGGAACUGGGGCUCUACGGAGAUCGGUGACCUUGUACAACCCGCGCGACGCAUCGCUUUUCAAACUAUCCCGACUGCGGGUGCCACGCUACCGUCAAUUCCUAUCCACUCUCUCGUUUGCGGUUCUCUUAGGGUUGUUUCUUGCUGUUCUGACAGAGCGCAGCCGGAGAAUCACGUCGCUCGAGAUUGUAUUUUGGUUUUGGAGCGCCGGGUUCAUGCUGGAUGAGAUUGUUGGAUUCAACGAGCAGGGCUUUAGCCUUUAUCUCAUGAGCUUUUGGAAUGUCUUCGAUCUGGGGAUUCUCCUUCUGCUUUUCUGCUACUACUGCCUGCGGAUCUAUGGCACCAUGCUGACCCACCCUCGAAACGACCAAGUUGCAGGCCAAGCAUAUGACGUCCUCGCGGCGAACGCAGUGCUUUUGUUCCCUCGCCUGUUCUCGAUUUUGGAUCACUAUCGCUAUUUCUCGCAACUGCUGAUUGCGUUCCGGAUCAUGGCCUCGGAUUUGAUCGCAGUCUUUGUCCUGAUCGUUAUUGCAUGCAGCGGCUUUUUCGUUGCUUUCUUAUCCUUCGGGGAUAAUCAUUCACCAAAUGCCGUGGCUUACGGCCUGUUCCAAAUGCUGAUGGGAUUCACGCCUACUGCUUGGUCCAUGUGGGACGAGUACAACGUCUUGGGCAAAACGAUCCUGACCCUCUUCCUCUUUAUUUGUCACUUUGUCGUGGUGACCAUUCUAAUCACGGUCCUCACCAACUCUUUCAUGAGAAUCGUCCAAAAUGCGAACCAAGAACACCAGUUUCUGUUUGCUGUCAAUGCCAUCUCGAUGGUCAAGUCUGAUGCACUAUUUUCCUACGUGGCGCCGACAAAUGUUCUUGCCUGGAUCGUCACGCCGUUCCGAUAUGUGAUGCCGUUUGGCCAAUUCAUCCGACUCAAUCGCACCAUCAUCAAAAUAACCCAUCUCCCCAUUUUGUUCACUAUCUGCUUGUACGAGAAGACGAUUCUGAGUGCCCGGGUUGUCGAGCCGAUGGAUCUCGUCGACGCUGCGUCGCAUAAAAACACCCCUACCCGCGCUCAAAAGUGGCGGCCUAGCCGAUUCCGCGCCUUCAGCACCAAGGUGCCACGUUUGGUGCGCGAGCCUUCCGUGGCGACAUAUCGGAAGGAUCAAGCCUUGGAGGAAGUAUUUCGACGCACAUUCGCCGAUGAACGUAUGCGAGGGCCAACGAGCAGUAUCCGGGAGCAUCAGAACCACAGUGUCAUCAAGGACUGGAUGCAGGAGGUUGGUUCCGGGCCUACCCACGCCCCGGAUGAGCAAGACUCGGUGGAAGUGGAUCAUCUUGAGAUGCGCCCUCGACGAGUUCAAUUCCCCUUCCGCAAGGCAUUGGCUUCUCGCCCGCGCAAUUUCACUGAGACGACCCGCUCCGUUGCAUCCAAUCCUGAGGAACGAACUAGUCAUCUUGUCGGCCCAGCAUCCGGAACACGCCGCACUGGAAAUUCGGAAUCACCGGUGCGAGCCCGGCAGCUUUCACAGCAUACCGACAUGGAAGGCGAUGAUGAGCUGACCAGCGAGGAUGAAGGCUCCAACGAUGACAACAAGUCGAGCAAAAAUCCCGGAAGCGAUGAUUCCAUGCCCAUAGGAAGUUCCGAGAAAACAACACCCAAGUUCUAUACCUCUCGUCCAUCAACGGCGAGGCUUGUCUCGCGCCGAAAUAGUCCAACGCGCCGUCCUAAAUACACACGCACGACCUCUGGGAUAACCAUGCUGUACAACCCCGUCGGUUCUCCGAAUGAAGGAACCGAGGGCAGGUCAACCCCGCCGCGACCAGCCAGCGACACUUCUGACGAUGAUCGACGUCCGUUUGUCUCCACUUCCGCGGAUCAAGGCACCGUGAAGAGAAGCCCCGGGGUGGCUCGCACACGAACCACCCCUCUUGGGGUGAAUCCGAUGUCUGUGCCCGAGCUCGAUGGUCUUUAUUUGUCCAAUCGACCCACAGCUCGACCUCGACCGUCCCUCCUGUUUGAUCUGGGGUCGGAUCUCGGGGACAAUAAAGCAGUGGCUGGUGGCUUCGGCGCCAUCCCCUCCAGCUUCAAUACUCAGAUGGCGUUUGCCACGGGUGGGCUCCGACGUGACGCUCCAAACCAAACCCAGGACAUGCUCAGCAAGCUGGUUCUGGCCCGCAUGAACAACAUCGAAGAAGGGUUCCGCGAGAUUAUCAAAGAGGUCAAGGACCUCCGGCGCGACGGGUCCAGUCGUAGCCAAAGCCGGGCCGACGAACUUCGUGCCGUUGGACGUGAGAAGAAGAAGCGCGGGGAGAAAAAGGAUCCCAAGAAACGGCGGACCGACUCCCAGGAAAGCCGUGGCAGCAAUGAGGCGGAAUAUCCCACCAAGUCUGAUUAG